GUGGUUGGACGGCACGUGGAUCUUCAGGCUCGCGGGUAUCGAGUACGACUACUACGCCCACUAUGAUGAGCCGAUCUUCGAGGAUCGGCAUAUGGGUAGAUCACGGCAGCUGCCGCUGCGCGUGCCCUCGCUAGACGCCGCUGCAGCGGCGCG